AUGAAGGUCCUUAGUGUUACCGCUAUUCUGAGUUGCCUCGUCGCGCUUGUCUACUCUGUUCAAGUCCAGAACCCCGGCGAGCAAGACAACGAAAUUACAGCUGCUGGCAUCGAGCCCCAGCAGCCAUCAACCACGCAAGCCGUUUCGCCAUUUGGUGUGCCCGCUGAAUACCAGUUGACGCUGGACUUUAAUUCUACCACUAGCCUCAUUGACCUAGGCGACGGAUUUCUAUUCCGCCCAGCUGAAAGCGGCAUCCCGCCGCCACCUAUCCCACCUCGUUCUCACGCGCGUCCCAGUCCCUACGGUAGCAACGCAUUCCAAGCAAGUGCUGAUGUCGAAAGCAGUGGAAACUACGACGGCGACAGCGACAGCGAAUAUAUUGGCACUGGAACCAGCAACGGCGCUGGCAACGGAACCGGCACCAGCGCCCGCGCCCGCAAUUACACCGGCACUCGCAACGGCAACCCCCUUCCCAACACCCACCCCAGCACCCCCCGGACCCCUCGAACCCCCCAAUCCCAAGUCCCCCCCUCAAUCCACAUAGACACGCACCGGAUCCCCCCCCUCGUAAUCUGCGGCUCCCUGCGCUCCCUGCCUCCCCCCCUGCCACGAAUGUACACGCGCCGCGAAAUCAGCGCCCUCAUCGCCCGCGCCCUCGCAGACCUAGGCCCAGACGUCCACCCGAACGAGCGCUCGCUCGGCUCGCGCUGGCCGCGCCCGUACCUCGCGGGCCAGACGCGGGCGGUGAUCUUCGCCAGCCUGGGCGCUCCGUCAACAGGCACGGGCACGAAUGACGUAGUGUCGACGACGACGACGACAACAGGCAUGGCGGCAAGCGUGCUGGGAGGCAUGGGCGUGGCGGGCGGCAGCAUGAUGACGGGAGCGUCGAUCGGCCGGCCGCUCGAGUACCCGGCGCGGUUCCGCCGCGGGGCGCCGCCGGUGCCGGAGAACCUGCUCGACUCGGUGGUCUUCGACCGCGCGGGGCGGUACAUUGGGAUGCUGCGGUAUCGGGAGACGGGGCACUGGGACUGGUGCUAUCCGCGUGCUGUUGCUGAUGCCAGCCGCAGCCGAGAUCGUGGGCGUGGGCGCGGACGUGGAGAGGGUGAAGGGGAGAGUGGGGACGGCAACGGGAUCGACGAUGGCAGCCCUCGGUACGCGAACGGCAGCCUGCGAGCUCGCAUGCUUAACCCUGGUGCGUUUGCCCCCGUCGUUGUGCACAAUGUCCUCGAUCGCUGGAUCCAGGAGUACGGCUCCGGAAACUUUCAGCCGCCGCCGCCGCCGCCUCCGGGUGGUUUUGGCAUUUAA